AAAUGAAAUAUUCUGUAAACUAGAAACGAUAAAGUAAAUUCCACUUUAAAACAAAGAAAAACAAUUGAAAUGUUUUCAAGUCCUGAUCAUCCGCAGAAUAGACAAACGAGUUACGAGACAAACACAUUCGCAGGAAGACUUUUGAGGUUAGUUUUUAUCGAAAUUUCAAAAGUCGUCUGCUAUUUUGACAGGUGUGUGCGCAAGGUGAUACUUGUAUGUCAGUAGAAAUGGCAAUUUAAUCAAUUCCCUUUCCGUUAUGUGAACGAAAUGCUGUGAGUCAUGAGUUAAACUUGACGUUAUAUUGACUCCCGUUGAGAAAUAAAAUAUUUGUUGUGUUAAAUUUUAAAGUGCAUUUAACAAGAGCAUGGAAGCGGAGGUUCGAGUGUUUUUAAAAAUUUUUCAUCUUGCUAAUCAUGAAUUGAAAAUUUGUCACGGCUCUUUCACAUGACGCAAAUAACUUGAUCAGCAUUGCCAAAAAAUUAAUACCACAGUGCAAUUUCGUAAUUCUUUAAUGUACAAAUUUAGAAAGAUCACAGGAAAUCACUUGGCACAUUGUUUUUAUUCAGUCUUGAGAUUUUAUCAUUUCAGGGUGACUUUAUAAUAUUGAUAUUAAAAUAUAUAAGUUUAAUGAACAAUUUUAAAAAAGUUUUCAUUUUUCCUUACUUUUCUCAAUAUAAAUAGAUGACAAAUGGUGAUGUCAAAUUCUAUAGAAUUAAGUAAAUAAGAAUACUCUUCCAUAAAAUGGAUAAGAUUCUAUAAAUAGAAAAUGUUCAGCAAUAUAAUUGCUCGAAACCAAGUAUUAAAAGUGAUAAUGAUACCAAAUAUUAAGUCACAAGCAAUCAAAAUUGUAUUUAAAGAAAAGAAGAAUUUAUACCUAGUUGAUGCUAAUCUAGUCAUAUCAUUGUAUAAUUAUUGUGAAUAAAGAUUAGAAUUUCGCCAAAGAAGACGCAAUAUAUCGUUCAAUUUUUAAUUAAAAAUGGAAAAUUGUAAUGAAAAUGGUACAAGGGAGGAAAAUUCUUUGAAAUCAAAGCAAAAGAAGAAAUCCCUGUGUCAAAUUUUAAUGAAUAAAAAAACAAAAGUUGGAUGUUUGGAGGCAUCGCAAAAAGACAGUGAACAACAACAACAACAACAACAACAACAACAACAACAGCAGCAGCAACAAAGAAGUUCAAAAAUGGAAAAUUCACAUCACAGCUCAAAUACAAGUACAAAAUUGUCACUUUGUUGUGCCAUGACAGAAAGAAGUAGAACUCCACCGCAAAGUUUGACAGUUAGUCGUCUAUCGCCAAAAUUAAGUAGAACUUCAAUCAAAUCCGAAGAAAUAGUUCCACUGCAAGAGGAAAAUUAUCAGACUGAAGCGUUAAUUGAAAAUGGAGCAUCAUCAAGGGCAAUUUCCACUCCAGUUAAUUCGGAAUGUUUCACAAGAAGAAAUAAACCCAUCCUAAAUAAAGAUCGACACAGCGCUUGCAUAGAAGAAAAUUCAUCUUCUGGUUCAACUUCUCCCAACAUUCCAGCGCAUCUCAGAAAGAAAAUUUUGCACCGGAGAUCGGUCGAUAAUUUGGUUGUCAAGUCGCCCACGAAUUCGGCACGUCAUUCGAGUCCGGAGUCAAUUAGAAGUGCUCCGCUUCAUCAGAAACCAAGAUCCACUUCUCAUGAUACGUUGACGAGCUCCAAAGCUCGUCGUCUACUUCAAACUGAUGGGGCCUCCAUGGACAGUCUCGCUAAACAAGCACUACUUGCUGCGCAGGUUUUGCUUCCAAUGCACAAGGCCCGAGAAAGAAAUUAUUUGCACGGAAGAAUUGCGGCCAAUUCACUUUUGGGACCAGUGGAAUUGGAAAAAGUAUUGCCAAAUAGAGAGAUUAAAAUAUUCAUAGGCACGUGGAAUAUGAAUGGCCAAACACCGCCCAAGGAACUGAAUGAUUUUAUGCUACCACCUGAUAUUGAGACAGUGCCUGAUAUGCUUGUAAUUGGAACACAGGAAUCGUGUUCAGAGCGAACAGAAUGGGAGGCAUCAUUGCAAGAGACGUUGGGACCGUCGCAUGUAUUAUUGUCGAGUGCAGGUCUUGGUACAUUGCAUUUGGCACUAUUCAUUCGUAGAGAUCUCAUUUGGUUUUGCUCGAUUCCUGAGGAGGAUAGUUUUUCAACUCGAACAGGAAGUGCUUUUCGCACUAAGGGCGCCGUUGCAUUGGCGUUGAUUAUUUUUGGCACGAGUUUUCUUUUCGUCACUUCACAUCUAACGGCGCAUCAGGACAAAGUUAAGGAGAGGGUCAACGAUAUUAAGCGAAUCGUGAGAAAUCUCGAUUUACCAAAAGAUUUGCCCACGAGGCACAAGAGUAAAGAUGUGACACAAAAUUUCGAUUGCGUUUUCUGGUGUGGCGAUUUGAAUUUUCGUCUCUCGCAAUCGAGAGAGGAGGUGAUUGAGUGGAUAUCGGAGACAAGAUUUCCACGUGAGAAUCCAGUUAAUUUGCAUAAGGACCAAUUGCGAAACACAUUGCACGAGGGUUCAGUGUUUCGUGGAUUUGAGGAAGCGCCAAUUACAUUCCCUCCAACAUAUAAAUAUGAUCCAGGAACACAGAAUUUCGAUUCGAGUAGCAAGCAGAGAACACCCGCUUACACGGAUCGCAUUCUUUUUAAAGGAAAAGCGCACACGAGGGGUUACAUUAGAAGACUGAGCCACGAGAGUACAGCAGCACAAAAAGACGGAACAAUCGAGUGCUUAAUUUAUGAUUCCGUUCCGAGCAUUUGUACCUCGGAUCAUAAACCCGUAUGGGGAGUUUUUAAGACUACAAUUCGUCCCGGAAUUGACACAAUUCCAUUGGCGGCUGGACUCUUUAAUCGAGAUAUUUAUUUGGAAGGUAUACGAAGACGUGCAGCUGCUUGGGACGAUCCACGAGGAACCUCAAAGGUUUGCUCUAUCCAGUGAUAAAAUAACAUUCCUGGAAUUGUGAAGUAUAUUUUCUACAUUUAUUUAAUAAUCUUCCUGUGCGCUAAUCGAUGUAAUAUAGGAGUGCAAUAUUUCUGGUUAAAAUUGUACAAAUAAUUUAUAAGACGAUAAGAAUUAAUAUGAUAAUGAUAAAAAAGAAGCUUUAGCGAGAGAAAAAGGUAAAAAAAAGCGCCUUAUUUUAACUUAAUUUUACUGCCAAUAUGGAUUUUGAAAUCUUUUUAAAAACUCGUUUCUUAAAAUUAAAAAAAACCAAUAUCAAUAUAAAACGCAGAAU